GGACAGUAAAAGUGGAGACUGGUCUGGUUCCUGUUUCCAGUGCACCCAACUGGUGAAAAUAAGUAGACAGAAACCUGUCUAAACUUCCGUAACAGUAGCCACUGCCUAUUGCAAUAUAAAGCUGGGAUGUUUUCAUUCAUGGCAACUUAGUGAAAUUGAUGACAACAUUAAGAUGGCACAACGCAGAAGACGAAACUCCUCGGAUGAUGUGCUCAUCAUAAGUGAUGACCCGUCACCAACAUUUGUUGAUCUGACUCAAGAAUCUCCAGCUGGUGCUAGCUCUAGCAACACAAAUCAAACAAGUCAAGCUGCUCAUUUCUUUUCAUCAUCUAAUUAUGAGACUGUUGACCUCACCUGUGGAGAUACCUCACCAGUUAUGCUAGAUCCAGUAAUUGUACCUCCAAGUUCAAGAAGAAGAAGAAGUCGCCGUUUGCAGUCAGCAGCACGGCGUCAUAGCCCCUAUUCUACCAACAAUGAUAUCACCAUAGAGAGUGAUGAGGAAAAUGAUGUGCAGGUUUUGUCUCCUGUCGAUGUCAAUAAUGCCUUACCAUGGCCUGAAUUGUCAAGUGAGGUUGCCACUCCGCCUGAUAUGAUUGGUACUCCAGGUAGGAAGCAAGUUAAAUGUCCUGUGUGCAUGGACAAUGAAACACAGAUUCGUGCCAAUGGUCUUCAACUUAACUCAACCAUCUGUGGACAUAUUUUUUGUAAUAGAUGUAUCAGGCGUGCAGUACAAAGCCAACACCGGUGCCCAACAUGUCGAACAAAACUCACAAUGCGACAGAUUCAUCCAAUAUUUCUAUGACAGCAAAUCAAAAUGAUGCAUUUAGUUUCUAUUGAUUUAAAGAGCACCCUUUUUUCUGACCAGAAGGUGGCAGAUGAAGAUUAGUAACAAAACCAAGAUUUAGCUGUGUGUGUCAUGUAUUUGUAGUUUAACUUGUAGGUGUAAAUUAUAACUUAAAUAAAAAAAAUACAUAUAAGUUCUGUCAGUUGUUUGUCAUUUAUUCCCGUGGGUUUUGAUUAUCUGUCCAAACAUUGGUCUCAAAUGAAGAUAGUGUAGUUUUUGUUUACAUGUAUAUGUUUGAAAUCAGAAGUGUUUGUAAUAGUGGCCAGGAUGUUUACAUCCAUCACAAACCUCACUGUUAUUGUUAAUGAAUUAUGUUGAAUUAAACACAUUUUAUACUAUCUACAAAGAGUAAAUUUUCAAAAAUAUGUCAAAAGGCUGACAACUGAUGAUUUCUUUAUUGAUGUCUAUGUCUAACGGAAGUUAUUGUGGGGGAUUUUUUAAUCUUCAGUUGAUUGUGCCUGUCAAAAUUUUUCAUUAUAAAUGUCUCAUCUGAACUCCAUUAUUGUUUGUUUUAUUUUGUUCUGUUUUGGGCAAGAAUGCUUCCUCCACUUAAACCUAACACUGUUCUGUAACAGAAUGAAACACAUUUUUGUGUCUAAAUACAACCCAACAUUUUGUGUAUAACUAUGAAAACAAAUUUUAGUUACUUUCCACAUUAUUUGUACAAUAUUAAAAUAAAAUUCACCCCUUGCUAGGAAGCAAAUUGAAUUUUUAGAAUUUUGUAUUUGAAUACCUUCUGUCCCUUGUUGGAUAGACUUUUUUUCAGGCUAAGUAUCGUACCAGAUGUAGGAAAGUGUACCGUGAUAGAGUUCCAGGGAAGCCAUUUCCGACGAACAUUUUUUAAUGUGUAACCUAUGCAAGGUGCACUUUUCUUGACAACAUCUGUUUUCUGAAAACAACAUUUGUCUGGCAGACUGGACUCCUAUUUGUAUUAGACAUGUCGUCCUUUUUUCCCAGAGCAGAGUGAAUUCUUACACCAACUGACUUGUACAACCCCCAAAUGACUUGUCCUGUGUUUAUUCAUUCUUUCUCAUCAGUGAUUACAUUUUACAAGAUGAUUAAUGGGCAGCUGUAUGAAGGAAGAUUAAUGUUUGCUUUUUAAGAUUUAUAACUAUAUUUUUGUUUUUCAUGCACAGUUUUCCCUCACCUUGGGAAAGCUGCUCAAGUUUUACUCAAACAUCUAAAGUACCCCCAGAAGUGUGUGUGUUUACAAAUGUUGCUUGAAGUUAUGAUGUCAGGAUUUUUGUGAGAUGUAGUUUGAAGCCAUAAGGUAUACUUGCAAUGCAUUUAUUGCAUACACGUUUCGAAUGGGCUUUAUCCAUGCAAGUCUUUUGCAAGAAAUAAUUACUACAAAUAGUUAUCGUUCUGUGGAAUAUAGGGAUAAGGUUUAAAAAUACAACUUUUUUCAGUUCAAUCUUUAAAGUAAGUUUUUGACUGAAAAGUGAAAUCAGUCAUUCACCAAAUAAAUGUAAAUUUGUAUUUGACUGAGUUAAAUGUUAAAUAUUUAUGGCAAAUAUAAAACUACGUCUUACUUAAUUUACCAAAACCUCAAAGGAAACAUAGUUGAUUUCUGUUUCCUUUUGUUUAACCAUGAAUUUCAUUUGCACAGUGUAAAAUGUAAUUUUUUUUUACCAUUUAAUUGUGUUUCAUGAGCAUAUUUUUGAAGUUAAUUUCUUCUGAACUGACAAAUCAGUAAGUUCCUCAAGAACUAUUAUUUUUAAAAUCCUGAAAGGAUUUCCCGGAGUUCGUCUAGAAAGAAAAUUAAUAAUUAAUUUUUA